CUCAUUCUACAACUUGCUUUAGCCAUGGCCGACGACGCCUUGCCCGCCUCGGAGCUUCGCACACGCUACGGCCGCGGCGGCACGGUCCGCGACUCGGAACUCAGCGCCGGACAGCUGCGCUCGCGCUACGCGAUCGAAAAGAACACUUUCAAAGAUCACCCGUCGUCCAACACGAACGCCCUGGUCGCUGGCGGCGCCGUCGCACUCCUCCUCCUACUGGCCGCCGCCGCCUUUUUCCUCACGAGAUAAAACGAGACCGAGAUCUGUCUCGUCUCUCAAUAAACGCAACAUCCUUCUA